CUCACUGCCUCAAUAACUUUAAAGCUCGGCAAUAUGAAUCCAAAGUUUUAUAAUGCAGUUAAGUCCAAUGACAUAACCACAUUUUUGAGCCUAGUUAAAGAGAAUGGAGAAAUUCUCCAUCAGAUAACAGCUGAUUCCUUGAGCACUCCAUUACACCUUGCUUCUAGGUACGGUUGCACUGAAAUAGUGUCUGAAAUAGUUAGAUUGUGCCCUGACAUGGUUUCUGCUGAGAAUAAAAACCUGGAGACCCCAAUUCACGAGGCUUGCAGACAAGAGAAUGUUGGGGUCUUAAAGUUGCUGCUAGAUGCCAAUUCCACAGCUAUUUGUAAGCUUAAUCAGAAUGGCAAAAGCGCUUGUUUUCUAGCUUGCAGACAUGGAAAUCUUGACAUGUUGAAUCUCCUGCUCAAUCUAUCUGAGAUGGGGGGGCCAGAGGCCACAGGGUUUGAUCAAUCUUGUAUCCAUAUUGCUGCAUCAAGAGGGCACACAGAUGUUGUUAGAGAAUUGUUGAAUAAGUGGUCAGAGCUUACUCAAGUGAUUGAUGAUAAUGGGAACUCGCCAUUGCAUCAUGCUUGUAAUGGAGGACACAGAGAGAUUGCAUGGAUCCUACUAAGACGUGAUCCAAAUCUUGUUUUACAAUACAACAACAAUGGCUAUACACCAUUGCACCUGGCAGUAAUGAAAGGGAAAGUCUCAGUCCUUCAAGAUUUUGUGUCAAGCAUUGCUACAUCACUUAACCAUCUCACUAGAGAGGAAGAGACAGUAUUCCAUUUGGCUGUGAGAUACGGAUUGUGUGAUGCUUUGGAAUUCUUGGUACAUGUCUCCAAUGGGACCAAUCUAUUGCAUUUUCAAGAUCGUUAUGGCAACACUGUCUUACACCUUGCGGUUCUAGGCGGGCGCUAUAAGAUGGCAGAGUUCUUGAUCAACAAGACAAAGGUGGAUGUUAAUGCUCGGAACUGUGAAGGGGUCACAGCACUUGACAUCCUUGACCAGGCUAAGGACAGUGCAGAAAAUAGGCAAUUACAAGCCACACUUAUCAGAGCUGGUGGUAGAAGAAGCAUCCAAUCUUCGCCUUUUUCACGGGAAACAGACAAGACCAAUUCUGUGUCUCCUGUAGCAUCUAGCCUUUCAAUGUCAUGGAGGUAUACAACUAAUCCAGUGGAAUUGCCAAAUCAAAAUGAAAUGGUUGCUUAUGAUUGUACAAGUCCACCACAACUUGGCAGAAGCACCAACUCUAGAUCACCUUCCCAGCCUCAAGUGAGUGAGAGAAUUGAGGAUACAACCUAUAAAUCAUAUCACUGCUCCCCAAGAAAUUUAGGGAAACACAAGCAACAGAAUAAAACAAAAGCUGAAAAUCUAAAUCAACUUUACUAUACUCAGAGCCGGAGGAAUAAGCACUAUGAGAUGCAUAAAGAGGCAAUACUGAAUGCCAGGAACACCAUUACAAUAGUUGCUGUUUUGAUUGCUACUGUGACUUUUGCUGCUGGCAUUAAUCCCCCUGGUGGUGUGUACCAAGAAGGACCAAUGAGAGGCAAGUCAAUGGUGGGCAAAACAACAGCCUUCAAGGUCUUUGCAAUAAGCAACAACAUAGCACUAUUCACCUCUCUAUCCAUAGUCAUUGUGCUUGUUAGUAUCAUUCCAUUCAGAAGAAAGCCACAGAUAAGACUAUUGACAAUCACUCACAAGGUCAUGUGGGUGGCUGUGGCAUUUAUGGCAACUGGCUAUGUUGCAGGCACAUGGGUGAUCUUGCCACAUAGUCCAGAGAUGCAAUGGCUAUCCGUUGUGCUACUAGCAGUAGGUGGGGGCUCUCUGGGCACAAUCUUCAUUAGUCUCAGUGUGAUGCUGGUUGACCACUGGCUCAGAAAAUCAAGGUGGAAAAAGACUAUGAAGGAAAGUGUGGAUGUAGCUGCAGACUACCAAAAGGAAAGUGAAAAUUCAGAUUUUGAGAGCUCUUAUUUACAGGGUUACCAUUCAUACUGAUUAGUUUGGCUCUCGUGCAUUCUACCACUUGUACCAUAAUAAUGUUAAUGAUGUAUAUCCAUAAUUUUUUUUAAAA